UUUCCACGCAGAUGUCGAGCCACUGAGAAGUGCCGCUGUGUGCUCCUGCCAAGGAAGGAGGCGGAGGAGGAGGAAGGAAUGCUGUGCGGGAUGCUUUAGCACCAUGGCUGUCAACCCCAGUGACGAUUCGGACGCAAGACUCUAGCUUCAUGUGAGACUUACGAGCGGGACGAUGAGCGCCAUGUCUGCUGCAGCCGUCGCGGUGUGGCUCGCCACGGUGAUCACCAUCUUGUCGAGGUCGCACGCGGACCGCAACGUCUACCCGUCUGCAGGCGUGCUGUUCGUCCACGUCCUGGAGCGAGAAUACUUCAAAGGGGAGUUUCCCCUGUACCCAAAAUCAGGUGACACCACCAACGAUCCCAUCACUUUUAACACCAAUCUCCUGGGGUACCCAGACAGGCCCGGUUGGCUGCGUUACAUCCAGAGGACUCCUAAUAGCGAUGGAGUGCUCUACGGUUCCCCCACCGCCGAGCAUGUGGGCAAGGCCACCGUCAUAGAGAUUACCGCCUAUAACCGCCGCACUUUCGAGACGGCACGGAACAACUUGGUCAUAAACAUCAUGGCCACCGAGGAGUUCCCGCUGCCCUACCAGGCCGAGUUUUACGUCAAAAACAUGAACGUGGAGGAGAUGCUGGCCAGCGAGGUGCUGGGAGACUUCCUGGGGGCCGUGAAGAACGUGUGGCAGCCCGAGCGCCUCAACGCCAUCAACAUCACCUCGGCGUUGGACCGCGGCGGGCGCGUCCCGCUGCCGAUUAAUAACCUGAAGGAAGGUGUGUAUGUCAUGGUGGGCGCCGACGUCCCCUUCUCGUCGUGCCUGCGCGAGGUGGAGAACCCCCACAACCAGCUGCGCUGCAGUCAGGAAAUGGAGCCCGUCAUCAGCUGCGACAAGAAGUUCCGCGCUCAGUUUCACAUCGACUGGUGUAAAAUCUCUCUGGUUGACAUCAACAAAGUAGUCCCGGUAUACGUGGCACGUCCUGAGCCGGGGCCCGGGGUCCUGCCUGAAUUCGGGGAGUACAACCCGCCGUCCGAGUCUCUGAAGAGCCGCGACUACCUGACGGACUUCGUCGUGACGCUGGCCGUUCCUUCGGCGGUCGCGCUCGCGCUCCUCUUGAUGCUGGGCUACACCAUGUGCUGCCGAAGGGAAGGGGUGAAAAAAAGAAACAUGCAAACAUCACUCAUCCAGCUGGUCCACCACAGCUCCAUCCAGAAGUCCACAAAAGAGAUGCGCAGCAUGUCUAAAAACCGGGAAAUCUCCUGGCCGCUGUCCACGCUGCCCGUCUUCAACCCGGUCAGCGGCGAGGUGGUCCCGCCCAUCCACCCGGACAACUACGAGACCACCAGCAUGCCCCUCAUGCAGACCCAGACGAACCUGCAAAACCAGAUUACCAUACCGCAACAACAGCCAUCAGGAGAUAGUUAUGUCAUGUCUACAUUUCGAAGGUUGGAGGUAAAUGGUAUUCCUGAGGAGCGAAAGGUGGCGGAAGCACUGAAUUUGUGAUCGGACUUUGGAGAUUUGCUACUUCACCCCCCCCACCUUAAAUGUGUGCAUGCCUCAAAUGCGUAUUUUAAAGAGAACUCACCAUCCAUACAUACUGCAAAAAUCACAUUUGAAUAUUUUGGAGUAUUUAUCAUGUAUUUUUGCUUUCUUUGCACAAUAAGCCCUCUUGAAGGAAAUGGGAAAUUUACACUCAAUAAAGUUUUACACAU